UGUCGUGUAGGAGUGUGCGUUGUCGGUGUAGCGGUGUUAGUAUGUAUCAGUGUGCGUAUCGGUGUGUGGACGGAUCCACCGCAUCCUCCUCCAUUCUUCUGCAUUGAAUGAGAGGAGCUGCACACAGGAGCCGGGCAGCCGGACCGGGCAGGACCCAGCACCGGGGCAUUUCAUGUGCCGUAACCCACCCCAGGGGCAAAUCGCACCCCAGGGACCCAGCCUCUGCAAGCCCACUCCCUGCAUUGUCAUAGUGUCUGCUCCCGGCGAGGCUGAUCGGAUGUGUCCCCAAAUCCUCGUCUUCUCCAAGGACCAUGGGCACGGCUGUCUCCAAGAGGAAGGCACUGAGGAAUGACACCAUCUCCAACGUAGCAGCCAAAGUGAGAGCCGCCAAAGCCUUCGGAGAUUACCUGUCCCAGACCCAUCCCGACAGCCAGAACGGCUCCGAUCACCUCCUGGUCCAAGAGGACUCCCCCGAAAUGCCCCAAAGCUCGCAGAAUAAGCGGCGGCUCUCCACCGCGUCGGACAGCAAGCUGGAGCGGAGUUUCUCGGAGGAGCGGCGGGAGAAGCUGCCCAGCGAGGGCUCGAAGCCCCGCGUCUACACCAUCUCCGGGGAUGGACCCCUGCUCUCCGACCGGCACAGCGACAGCCUGGAGCUGGUGGUAAUGAAGUCCGGGCACGAGGACAAGCAUCGUUACCAGCACCGGCCCCACCACCCGCCCCUGCAGAGCUCCGGCAGCGCCCACAACAUCACCCGGCCCUCCAAGAGCUGGUCGGGCAGCCGGCAGAACUCCAGGGAGCGCCCAAACGGCCCCCGGCUCAACGUGCCCACCCAGCACUCCUUCGAUCUCGAGCAACACCAGGCCAGCGAGUCCGGGUGGCGCAGGAAGAAGCUGGAGCGCAUGUACAGCAUCGACAGGGUGUCCGACGACGUCCCGAUCCGGACUUGGUUCCCGAAGGAAAAUCUUUUCACCUUCCAGACAGCCACGACUACUAUGCAAGCGGCUUUCCGUGGCUACGCCGAGAGGAAGAGGCGGAAGAGGGAGAACGACUCGGCCGCCGUCAUCCAGAGGAAUUUUCGCAAACAUUUACGGAUGGUCGGGAGCCGCAGGAUGAAGGCCCAAACAUUUGCCGACCGCAGAGAGAGGAGCUUCAGCCGGUCCUGGAGCGACCCCACACCCGUGAAGGCAGACUCCAUCCACGACUCCAGAGAAAGCCACGAUCUGCAGGACUCCUGCUCCGCUCUCGACGAGGAAUGCAAGGAUCUGAACUGGGAGGCAGAGCGAGAGAUGGAGGUUCUGUCCUGCGACGGGGAGGACUUCAUCCCACCCAAAAUUAUGCUAAUUUCAUCCAAAGUCCCCAAAGCUGAAUAUAUUCCAACCAUCAUACGCAGGGACGACCCGUCCAUCAUUCCCAUCCUAUACGAUCACGAACACGCGACAUUUGAUGAUAUUCUAGAGGAGAUCGAAAAGAAACUCAAUAUAUAUCGGAAAGGCUGCAAGAUCUGGGAGAUGCUCAUUUUUUGCCAGGGGGGGCCGGGGUAUUUAUACCUGCUGAAAAACAAAGUCGCUACGUUCGCCAAAGUGGAGAAAGAAGAGGAUCUUAUAAUGUUCUGGAGAAAGCUGAGCCGCUUAAUGAGCAAAAUGAACCCGGAUCCCAACGCGAUUCACAUCAUGGGGUGUUACGUGCUCGGAAACCCCAACGGGGAGAAGCUUUUCCAGAACCUGAAGAACCUUAUGAGUCCUCACCGGAUCGAGUUCAAAUCCCCUCUGGAACUUUCCGCACAAGGGAAGCAGCUGAUAGAGACGUACUUUGAUUUCCGCCUCUACCGCCUGUGGAAGGCUCGGCAGCACUCCAAACUGCUGGACUACGACGACAUCUUAUGAGCCUCUGAAGACCCCCGAAAAGGAGCGGGGAAUUUCAAUCGCUUUGGGAGCCAUUUUCUUGCCGGUUGCCGGUGGGAUGAAUCCGUCCGCCGGGAUCGUCCGGUCUGGAGAAGGCAGCGCCGGAUAACGAGAGAGAAGCGGAGGCCGACAGACGCCCCAUUCGGGAUUUUUUGCCGGGAAGGGCCGCGUUGGUAAACGGCGCGCCUGAGCCGGAAGUCGUAGAGAAGUUGGUCGUGGAUGGGAAGUCUCCGGGAUGCCGAGAUUCACCACUUCAGGGCAAAAAAACAACAAAUUUAUACGAAAUAAACGGACCCGGAAAUUCAAGGUCCUUUCGAGACUCGAGCUCAGGUUUUCUUAAGACAAUAAUUUGAAUAAUUCUUGCACUGAAGAGCAGGACCAGCCUUUAAACCACUUUGGACUUUUUUUGUAGCAAAA